AAGAGUAAUGGAUAUCUGAUGGUUUCAAGCAAUGGAGGACUGAACCAAAUGCGAGCCGGAAUUUGUGACAUGGUUGCUAUUGCAAGCUACAUAAAUGUCACACUAAUAGUUCCUGAACUUGACAAAACCUCCUUUUGGAAUGAUUACAGUGAGUUCAAGGAUAUAUUCGACGUGGAUUACUUCAUCACGUCCUUAAGAGACAAGGUUAAGAUACAGAGAGAGUUGCCUCCAAAUCUGAAGAAAAUAGUGGAGAUGGGCACAUUUUACUCCAUGCCACCAAUUAGCUGGUCUAACAUGUCCUAUUAUAGUAACACGGCCAAAUCUGUGACAAAUAUGUAUGCACCUCUUUUGCUUAAAUUGUAUGUUAAUAUUUAUAUUAACAGGUAUGCUUAUCCAUGGUGGAAAGACAAGGUUAUAAACUCUACAAAGAAAAGAAAAGCAGGGCUGUGCCCUAUGACUCCGGAGGAAGCGGCUUUGACAUUGCGAGCACUGGACAUUGAUCAAAACAUCCAGAUUUAUAUUGCUGCUGGAGAUAUAUAUGGAGGAAAGACAAGGUUGGCGAAUCUAGCAGCGGCUUUUCCAAAUUUGGUGAAGAAGGAAACAUUACUUAAACCCUCAGAGCUAUUGCCCUUCCAGAACCAUUCAUCUCAAAUGGCAGCAUUGGAUUAUAUUGUUUCGGUUGAGAGUGAUAUAUUUGUCCCAACAUAUGGAGGCAACAUGGCAAAAGUUGUUGAAGGCCAUAGAAGGUUCCUGGGAUUCAAGAAAACAUUGGAUCCAAACAGAAAGAUUGUGGUGAAUCUGACAGACAAGUACAACAAAGGAAAACUAAAGUGGGAAGAGUUUUCAGUUGUGAUGAAGGAAGCUCAUGCAAACAGGUGGGGGAACCCGGCGGAUAGAGUCGUGACUCCUGGAAAACCAAAGGACGAGGACUACUUCUGGUCCAACCCACAAGAAUGUUUGGCUCCACCUUCACCCUCACCCUCCACUUAAAACAAACCAUCACAGAUUUGAUGUCAUGGUCAUUAUCAU